AUGGGGGGUUCUAGGUCGAGGAAGAGGAAAGCAACAGGACACCAGGCGCCCGGAUCGGAUGCGGACGGAGAAGGCGCAGGCGUCGAUCGCAUCAGCGACCUCCCGGACGCCGUCCUCGGGGAGAUCGUCUCGCUCCUCCCCACCGAGGAAGGCGCCCGCACCCAGCUCCUCGCCUCCCGGUGGCGCCACAUCUGGCGCACCGCCCCGCUCAACCUCGACUACGAUUCCUUCUCACGCGACGACGAGGGCCCCGAUGCCGCCGUAUCGCGCGUCCUGGCCGCCCACCAGGGCCCCGGCCGCUGCUUCUCCGCCCCCGCCUCCGUCAUCGGCGACCGAGCCGAUGCCUGGCUCCAGUCCCCCGCCCUCAACAACCUCCAGGAGAUCGCGCUGCACAGCCUCGAUCGUAGGAGUAGGACAGCGCGUCCACCAGCAACCGUGCAGCCGCCGCCCUCGGCCGCCUUUCGCUUCUCCGACACCCUCUUGGUCUUCACCAUUGGAGAUUGCCACCUCACCGACGACAUCACUCGAGCUCAAGCGCUUCACUUCCCCAAGCUUCAGAAACUCGCGCUUCAGCGGGUCAGCAUAUCGGAACCCUCGAUGCACACCAUGAUUGCCGCCUGCCCCGCUCUAGAGUGCUUGCUUAUUAAGGACAGUGGGGGCUUCCAUUGUGUCAGAAUCAACUCCAUUACCCUUACAAGCAUCGCCGUCAGCGGUUGUAGCGAUCGGGCAGAGCCCAGAUUCGAGCAACUCGUCAUCGAGAAUGCGCCCCGUCUUGAAAGCUUGCUCACGCUUGAUUCAUUUGAGUGCAGUAUUAUGACGGCACCUAAACUGGAGGCCUUAGGCUACCUUACUUGUCAUUAUGGCACAAAAAUCUCGUUUGGCUCGGCACCGUUUGACUCGGCAGUUAUUCGGCAAUUGAGUGUUGAUCGCCUGGCGACGGCGGCGUGCGCUGUCAAGAUUUUAGCUGUUGAUAUGGAUGCUCUUAGUCUGGAUGCUGUUCUUGACUUGAUGGGAUGCUUUCCGUGCUUGGAAAAGCUCUACAUUCAGUCAACUGGACCAGGGAGUACCAACUUCUGGCGUCGUAAACACCGGGCUCUUAUAGGAUCACUAGACAUCCGUCUAAAGACAAUUGUUUGGCGAUGCUAUCGGGGAACCAAGUCACAUGUUGACUUUGCCACUUUCUUUGUACUAAACGCUGGCGUGCUAGAAUUAAUGACUUUUGAGGUUGAUGUUGAAGAUUUCAACGAGGAGUUUUUCGCACGACAUCAUAAGAAGCUUCAGGUGGAUAGGAGGGCCUCAAGAGGUGCUCGGCUUCGUUUUACUUCGGAUUGGUCUUACAAGUACCAUAUGGAUGUUAGUGUCCAUGAUGAUUUGGGUCCAGCUGAUCCCUUCGAAAGGACACAACCUUUGGAAGGAGAUACUACUUUUGAGCUUUGUUAA